AUGAAGAGUCUAAAUUUAUCUUCCUACCCUAAUCCCAUAAUUUCCCCCCGCCGUUCAUCCUCUCCCACAACUCACAACGCUGUCUAUGCUAUUCCUCCAUCUCCUUCUCUUCUAACUCAACAAAAUUCUCUCAGGUUCGCCGUUCUUGGCGCUGGUUUCGCUGGCCUUUCUGUCGUUUGGCAUUUGUUCAAGCAAAGUUCUAAGGAGUUAAACCUAAAAAUUGAUAUAUAUGAUGAAGUCGGUAUUGGGGGCGGUGCUUCUGGAAUCUCUGGAGGUCUUCUUCACCCUUAUUCCCCAAAAGUUAAGCCUCUCUGGGAGGCUGCUCAGUGUUGGAAAGAGAGCAUUAAGCUCUUGAGAAUUGCCGAAGAAGCUAGUCUUGAAGAAGACAUGAAACCUUUUGUGGUUAAUAAAAGGGGUAUCUUACGACCGGCAAUGGAUAUGAAGAACGUGACCAAAUUGAAUGAUAACGCCGAGAAUUGUCUUUCUUGCUGCAGAGUAGAAAGAUUUAAUAAUGAAGAGGCUCAGGGUAUCUUACCUGGUGUAUUAUUACCAUUUAACACAGCUUUCUUUAUGCCUGAAGCUAUAAAUAUCAAUCCUCAACACUACCUUGAGGCGCUUUUUCGAGCAUGUGAGAAUUUAGUGAAAGAAUCAUCCUGUCAGGACUCUGGAGAGAAACAGCUCAGUUUACACAAAAAAUCUGUCCAUGGACUUUCUGAGUUUGAAGGGGAAUACGACGCAGUCAUCAUAUGCCUUGGUGCAAAAGCGAACACCCUUCCUGAGAUUUCCGGGAGGCUUCCUUUGAGGACAUGUAGGGGUGUAAUUUUGAACCUGGAACCACCUGAUAUUACGAGGUGUUAUCCUGAGCAUGGACCUUCCAUAUUAUCAGAUGCAUGGAUAGCCGUUGAGAGCUCUCGGAGUCUAAAUGUGGGUUCAACUUGGGAGUGGAAAUCUAUAAAUUCAUCAUCUGAUGUUUCAAUUGACGAAGCUUCAAAAGCUCUUCACAAGCUCCUGCCAAAGGCAUCUACUAUUUUUCCUGAAAUAAAGGAUUGGGUUUUCACCGGAGCAAAAGCUGGUCUGAGGGCAAUGCCUCCACUCACUCCCCUUGGAUCGCUUCCACUUCUGGGUUGUAUUAAUGACAUCAUAGACCGUAAUCAUAGUUGUAAGUAUUGGUUAUUUGGAGGGUUAGGUUCAAGAGGAUUGUUAUACCAUGGUUGGUUAGGUAAUUUGAUGGCGCAUGCGGCGCUUUACUGUAAUGAAGAAGUAAUUCCAUCUGAAUUAACAUCUUGGAAAAACAUUAACCCCAAGUUUUAG